GUGACAGAGAGUAUAUGAGCUGUACUAAUGCUAACAAUGUCUUCAGGGGCCGUUCAAAUUGUGUGUGAUAAAAUGAAUCUCUUUACUUUAAAUAAAACAAUCAGUAAAAUAACAAGUGUGUUUCAACUUUAGCCAUAAUACUGAAAUGUGGUCAUGGCUUUUAAUAAACAAAACGAAAUUAAAAAAAUCACUAUCUUUCUUUUGACAACGGCGUUUAUCUUGGUUCCUGUGAUAGCGACGACAAACGAUGACUGUAAAGGUAAAGCUUUCCACUGUGUUAAUUCAACGCAUUUUAAAAUAUGCGUUGAUUUCGGAGGUGUUUCAAAAACAGUUGACGAUUUCCUUAUACAAUGCCCACCAGGCACAGGGUGCGCAGACAGUAAUUAUUUUGAAUGUGAAUAUCAAAUACCGACCACUUCUGCCCCAUUGGCCGUACAGAGUGAUGUAACGAACGAACUUUCCGAAACAACUGUAUCAUCUCCUUGGGAAUUUCUUGAAGUUACUACAUUACAUCCCAUAAGUAAUAAUGAGAGAAGCAUAGAACUGUUGGAAAACAGUACCAUAGCUUUACCUGAAAAAGUAUCUCAAGAAGCCGGCACUGAAGUAGCUACCACAGUUAGUGAUACGCCUAUAAAUGACAUUCUAAAUGAAGUGAUUACAGAAGGCGAUAAUAAAACGACAUUAAGUGAUUUAAGUGAAAGUGAAAACAAUAAUAAUGAUUCUAAACCUACAGAAUCAAUAUUAAAUAACAAUAUAACUUCACCGACAAUACUUGACGUAACAAAUGAUCUAAGUGGUGAUAACUUAAGCGCAAAUAUUUCAUCUGCAGUAGUAACUACAGAAAAUUAUUCAACUACUGAAAGUGCGAUAUCGAUUGACCUAUUAAACACUAUUAUUACAACAUCGUCAAAUACUGUAAAAGCCACAGAUUUUGCAUCAACUAAAUUAUUUAAUUCUGUGGUAACUGAUAGUUUGAACUUAAAUAAUUUAUCAGCUGCAGUAACUAUUGAAAACUAUUCAGGCACUGAAAGUGAAAUAUCAAUAGAUUUGUAUGAACCUGUUAUGACAACGCUACGUAAUAUGGAAAAUGCAGAUAAUACACUAACUACAUUAUCUUCUCCUGAAAAGACAAAUGAUUUCAGCUCUCUCACAGAAGUAACUACAGAAAAUAACGCGAUUGGUGAAAAGGACUCAUCGACAUUUUUAAGAGUUAUAACGACACCAUCGAAUAUCAUAGGAAAUGAAGAUUUUACCUCAAGUACAUUAUCUCACUCAGUGAAAAAUGAUAGUUUGAUUUUAAAAAGCUCACUCGCAGCAGUACCCACGGAACAUUACUCCGAUGCUGAAAGCGAGACAUUGGUUACAUCCUCGAAUAAUAAAUUAAAUGCGCAUUUCACGACAGUUACGUUAUCUUCUCCUGUGACAACCGCGAGUCUAAUAAAUACUCAAAAUGCCGAAAUUAAUUUGACUGUUACUUCCGAUUCUUAUUCACCAAAUAUUCAACAGGAUACAACAGAAAGAGAUGAUAAUUUUCUAACAGAAUCCGCAACAAAUGCAAAUGAAUUUUAUACAAACGUUGUCAAAAAAACUUUCCAUGAUAGGGUAGAUGACUAUCCUAUGCAUGAAAACAGUACCCAUACAAAUAUGAUUUAUGAGAUUUCGUCGUCGUUACAAAAUGUUGAUUCAAAUCAGAUGGGAUUCCUUUCUACGACACCAGAAAAUUUAGUUUUAAGAAAUACUUUAGACACUUCCUCAAUAAAUGAACAGAUUGAGUUAUCCUCACCAGCGAUGAGCACAAAUUCUGUAAAUGCUAAAAAUAUUAGGACAUUUUCAGAUAUAGUUGAUUCGACCAAUAGCACUAGUUUGAAAGUAGAAAACAUACAACAAGAUACGACAGAAAUAAAUUUUGGUCAAACAACAACAGAAGCAAACAUGUUGUACACAAAUACUCCAAAUAAUGAAGAAAAUAUAAUUUUAAACAAAGAUGAUAUAUUUACUACUAAAUUAUAUGCUACGAUAAACGAUAGUCAUUCAACUGCCGAAGAUAUUGUAAAUUCAUCACCAGAUGAUUUGACGACUAAAUCUGAUUCUUAUGUAGUAGAUGCUCAAAAGGAUACGGCAGAGAGAGAUAUAAACUCUCCAACACUAACUACAAGUACCAAAAAAGAUGUUUAUACAACUCCUGAAGAAAGCAUUUCUCAGGUAGAUGAAACCACCAUCUAUGAAAACGGCGCAUCAAUCUUACCAAUUUCCGAUUUCCUAUCUACUGUUGGAUAUGAUGAAUCACAUUCGAUGACAGCUAUAACAGUAGCUUUAAAAAAUACAGAGGAGAAAAUUUCACCAAAGGAGCAAAGUAAUAUAUCUCUAGAGAUAAAUACAAGUUAUCCAUUAAGUGAUAAAGUUAACAACGGGUUACUAGAAACUACAACAAUACAAUCCACAUCAGCUAUUGAUUUUACUACUAACACGGAUUCAUAUGAUGAAGUGAAUCUAUCAAUAACUUCUACAGUAAAUGAAAACGAAUUUCAUACGAAUGUUACGAAGAAUUUUUUAAAUAAUACAACAGUAGAAUUUUUAAGGCAUAUAAACAGUACACAUAAAAAUAUCAUCGAUGAAACAACGACAUAUUUGCCAGAAAAUACACAUUUUACAUUAUCUGCUCAGACUGAAAAUGUAGAAGUAAGUUUUGAGACAGUUAUGAACGUUUCUUUAAAUGACACGGUAGAAGAAUUGUCAACGAAAGGAACAAGUAAUUUACUUUCACCAGUGGCUACUGCGAAUGCUUCCGUUACAGAUAUAAUUGUGACAAGUUUAUUAUCUGAUAUGUCUAAUUUGGUUAUUUCAACUGAGUCAUAUGUAGCCAAUACGAAUAAGCACACGAACGUGACAAAAGUAGAAUUUCCAAUAUCUUCUAAAAUUGAUGUAACUACACAGUAUCACCCAACUACUCAAAAUAUAGAAACGGAAACACUAACAAAUGAAUUUCAUUCUACUGUGAUGAAAGAGGAUUAUGGAAGUACGCAGGACUUUGCGAUACAACAAAAUGGUAACGAUAAUACACCUUCAAUGUUUCCGAGUUUUCCAAAACAUAACGAUAAUUUAAUAGAACCGUCUAUAAAUGUAUCGGAACCUGUACAUGCGUUUGAAGUAUAUGAGCAGACUACAAAUGCGGAUAUGGAUUUAUUAAAAACGCAAGCAUCCGGAUAUAGUUCAUUAAGGCCUACAAAAGCUAGCACAGAAACCUUAAUAAAUAAUAGCGUUAAGGAACUAUCCAGGAACGAAAGUAAUAACAAAAUGUAUGCAUCACCUAAUUUUACGACCAUAUUAACCACACGCACAGCAGAUAAAGAGCAAAUCACCGAUCCCAUAAAUGGAGUUCUCACAGCUACUUCAGUGACGAAAUCGUGGGACACAAUGAAUGAUUCUGUUCAGGUCUUUUUACCUUUAAACGCAACACUCAAAGUCACUGUGGAUAGUGAAAUUACACCUGGGGAAUAUCAAAAUCAACCAAUCACUGCAAAUUAUGCCUUUGAUUACAUAAUCACUACUCACUCCUUUAUAACAGAUGGGUUGGAAGAAAGUAGUGAUGUCACCAAAGAGAGCAGUGCAAAGGCGACGCUUAUAAAUGACAAUCAAUUUUUGAGCACUAUAGUGUCUGUUUUAAAAUCCAGUCCAUUUCCAAACGAUAGCGUUAAUGUUGAUGUGAUUAACGAUAUUUAUGGUAGCACUAGUCCUAGUAUCGCUGUUACUGAAAACUACAGCUACAAAAAUUAUCUAUCCGAAAAUGUUCCAGAGUCAUCAGUGUCAGAAUCAGACAAUUUAGAAAUACCCCAGAUCAUAAAUACCACCGCAUUUGCAGAAAUUAAUAAGUCAACCAUUUAUAACAUGGGUAUUACAAAAACAGACAAAAGUAGCAAUUAUAAUAUCAUUGAUGAACUGACAGUGAGCACAGAAAAUAUUUUAACUAGACCGUCGGCUAAUGUGGUAUAUUCAUUAAAUAGCAGUAUAGAUAAAGACCGGAACAACAUAAGGCCGACAUUUGAAACCAAUUUGAAUCAAAUGUCAACACAAACUCUGGUUAAGAAUACAUUUGGCAGUACUGAAAGAACAACUCCAUUUAAAUCCAUAAAUAAUUCGUUGAAAGCAAUAACUCCUCCGUUAAGUGAAAGCAACUUUUCAUUAAACAGCAACAACACGCAACUAGAUAUUGAAAAUAAAAAUGUUAUAGAAGAAAAUGUCACUAAGUUAAUUAAUGUUACUAAAAGUGAUUCUCAAAUUACAACUUCAAAAGUAAAUGUAACAAAUGAAAAACCCGUGCAUACGGCAAUAUAUAGAAAUGUCAAUUCUUCAACUCAGUCACAAAAAUAUAUAUUAAAAGUAACUGAAUCAGAUAUAAACAAAAUAUCUGCGAAUGAUACUACAUCAGAUAUAGGCCCGCCCAUAACUGAAAACAAUUUAAGAACAAAUAUAGGUUAUGUGAAUAACGCAACCAUAAGUAAAAAUAUUUCAAGACAACACAAUUUAUCAGCAAAUAUUAAUAUGAACAAAGAAGAAUCUACAAUAAGGGACUCUGUCAUGUCUGGUGGAUUAAAUAUAGAAGAUAAGGUAGUAAAAAGUGUAUCACUUUUAAAUCAUCUUUUGCAAAAUACAUUAAAUAAUAUGAAUCAAUCAACACAAUUUCAUACAAAUAAAAGCAUUGAAGAUUUUACACAGCAAUUUAACAAUAGUAGAUAUAUUUCAGUAGAGAAUGCAGAUGCAAACUCAUAUCAAAAUAAUAUGAAAAAUAUUAGUUUUAAUAUUCCUGAGAAAAAACAGAACCAAACUUUGAAAACCUUUAAUAAAAGUAUUGUAAAUUUCAAUAACGUAAGCGUCAAUCUUGAAACAAUGCAUGCCCAAAAUAAAAGCGAUAAAAUAAUAGUUACAAAUAAAACAAAAAAAGAUGAUAUAAAUGCGUUACAUAAUAACGCUGAGAAUAAAAAAGGAUUAAGCAUAUCCAUGCAAAUAAACGAAGAUAAAAGAAAAGAACAACAUAAUAUUACUAGAAUAACACCAAUUGAAUUACAUAAUAAAAAUUUGCCCAAUGAUUACGAGAGUACGAAAUCGACAUUCAACUGUCACAGUCGUCAUCGCGGCAAAUAUUCUGAUAAACAUGACUGUCAAAAUUUUUAUAUAUGCAUAGGAAGAAGUGCACCAAUUUUCGGAAAAUGUCCUAACAAAACAGUUUUCAGUGAAAUUUCGAAACAGUGCACUAAGAACCUAUCACAUUGUAUUAGGAACAAUCAAUUUAAGUGUAUAUCAACAGGAAGGUACAUCGACAUUUUUUCAGAUCAGUUUUAUUAUAUUUGUGCUAAGAAAAAAGAAGGAUACAUAAGAUUUAAAUUACAAUGUCAGAAAGGAUAUCACCUAGAUAAAACAGAACUCAAAUGCAUUCUAGAUUCAAUAAAUGUGUCUAUGUCUAAUGAAGAUAGUUCAAAGACUGAUAGCGAGAAAAGCACCAUCGAAAGUAAAUCUAAAGAAGAUAAGGAUUCAAAAAAUCAGACAAAGUAUUUUGAAUGUGAAAAGGAAGGCAAGUUUGUAUAUCCAGACGAUUGCAGAAAAUAUUACCAAUGUACAAAAUGUGGGAUAUCAGAGUUCCGUCGUAAAAUCAAGAAGUGUGACUCUGACGAAGUUUUUAAUCAUGAAAAAAGAAAAUGUGUAGACGAUGAUAGUUAUGAAUGUAAAGAUUAAAGAAUGGAUUACGAAAAAUUUGUAUUAUUUGUUUAGUAAUAUUGUUAUUUAUUGAAUUAUUUUUGUAAGAUAAUUUUCAAAGAUCUUAAAUAUAGAUACUUAAUCUAAGUUGUAAUACAUGUUAUAAAGCAUAGCUUAGAUUUAUUAUUUGUUGUUGAUACUAAUAAAAAAAAUAUCUUAAUAAUUAGUUUCCAUUUU